AUGGAGGUCACAGCUCUCUUCACACUAUUGCUGCUCAAAUUCACUCUGCUGAACAGUUACACUCUGAAAAGUGAUGCAGCCUUUAGCAUCACUCCUAACAGACUGCAACACUUUCAAUUCGACACCGUUUCUUUCCACUGUGAGGGGUCUGAUGGUCUGUCUAAACUGAGAAUCAUGAAGAAUUCUAAGGAAAGUGAUCCUGAAUGUGACAUUGAGACAACAACCUCCUGCACCAUUCAGCGAGCUUACCCAUCAGACAAUGGAGAAUACUGGUGUGAGAACAACAGAGUUAACAUCUCCGUUACUGCUGGUUCAGUGAUCCUGGAGAGUCCUGUCCUCCCUGUGAUGGAGGGACAACAUGUGACUCUGAGCUGCAGGAGCAAGACGACUUCUACCAACCUCCAAGCUGAUUUCUUCAAAGAUGGCCGCCUCAUCAUGAAGAGCAGUUCUGCAGAGACGACCAUUAGCAACGUCUCCAAGUCUGAUGAAGGAGUCUACAAGUGCAGCAUCAGUGGAGUUGGUGAAUCCCCAGAGAGCUGGCUGGCUGUCAGAGAGCCCCACUCCAAAGCCCCCAACCCCCCGAAAGUCCUCUUCCUGCUGUGGAUCGCUGUCACCGUGUUGAUGUUGGCUCUGGUGCUGCUGCUGAUGGGUUUCCUUCAUAUCAGGAACCGCAGAGUGUGUGAGGACGCUGCAGACCAUCCAGACAGUGUGACGUAUGCAGUCGUCGUCACAAAACCAAGAGAGGACAAAGGUUUAACGCUGCAGACUCAGCUGAUAAUAAAAGUCCAGAGUCAAACCAGAGCACAAAACCGCCGAGUGAAGAAGAUGAUGAAGAAUCCUCAUUCCAACCUGUUUAUUCUGCUGUGA